GCGGAAGCAGCAGACAUCACUUCAGAUGGAGGGAAUAACAUUAAGAAACAUUGGACGCUUUUUUUUUGUCCUUAGUUCAGUUCUGCUCAACAGCAGACAAUUUUUUAAAAUUCUGUGUCUGAUAUUUAUAACGGAUUAAAUGCAUGCUUCGAAGACUUAACAGAGCUUCCCGUUGAUCCAAUUAUCUGCAGUCCACGACGCCUGAAAGGUUGAACCGCAAAUGUCACUUCUGAUUUCAUAUUUCCCUCCUACGAUGCAAAUCGCAUGUCUCCAUUAAAAAGUUCAAUUUUACCUACAACCCCCCACCCCCCUCUUGCACUCUUAGUCUCGUGCGUAUAUCAGACCUGUCAACGGUGAUGGAAUUAACGUCGAAGCAGACGGCAACUUUAAAAUCUUGAAGUCGUCUGCCAAGACUAUAAAAAGCAACAAAGAAAAUGAGUUUUUUUUAGGCUCAAAGCGAAUUUAGUGAAAUUUGGUUUUAAAUUGGAUCAACGAACCAAUAGGAGGACUUCCAUUUAUUCUUACAUUUAAAAACGCCUUUGUUCUGAGCACACUUUCGUGCUAGAAAAAUGAAUGAGCUUAAAAUAGAUUUUGGAUGUUGUUAGGAAAAGGGAAAUAUAUAUUUUAUUUAAAGAGCUGAGUGGUUACCGUGGGAGUACCUAGAGUCUUUACCUUCUCUACCGAGUCAGUAACUUAUUCUAGGCUCUGUUGUGAUUAGUCAUGAGCACGUGACCUGUAUAGUUGAUAAACAAAGGUCAGGCAAGCGAACUGCUUGACCCAGAUUCAGCUCUACUCACAGAGUAGAAGUUUUAAGAAUCAACUUUUCAAUUUUGUUUUGGAACUGCAACUUAACGCUGUACGCUGUGUUUCUCAACUAACAGAAAGCUUUACAUCUCUAUUCUAUAAUAUUAAAAAAUAUAGUUUUUAAUGCAUUAGUAGAAUUAAUUUCUGUAAAAUUUAUUUUGCGUGAAAAAGUUAUCUCCCUUUUUUUAAAAGGAAGAAGGAUAUUUUAAAUUUUUUAUCACUACGCAACUUAACUCCACAUCAAGUAUGUUACAGAAGUAACAAGAUCUGUUUCAAUACAAUGAAGUUUUGAUGUUUAAUUGUGUUGCAUCUGAAAGAACUUCCAAUGUUUAAUCUUAAUGUUCCCUCUGGUCAGCAAGAGAUGGAUUAUAUUACAAAUCCUAAGAAGUGGUCCACUUUCUUGUCCAGCAAUGGCUACCAAAAGAUCACCUGUAUAGGUCACGGCAGCUUUGGGGAUGUGUAUGCCGUGUCCAGCUUGGACAGUGGGGUUGACCUGGCCGUUAAACGCAUGGUGAGUAGGAACAACAUAACUGAAGACAAUACUUGGCUGGCAGAAAGUCAGGCGCUUCUCAAGCUGGACCACGAGAAUAUCGUCCAACUCAAAGAAAUUCUUAUCACUCCGAAAAUGGCCUGCUUGGUGUUAGAGCUGGCUCCGUACGGAAACUUAGAGCUGCUGACGGAAAGGCUAGAUAAACGUUUUGACAUCAGUUUUGUGAUUACGGCGUUUCAACAAACCGUGUCGGCUGUCAAAUGCUGCCAUGACAAUGACAUAGCCCACUGCGACAUCAACCCCAGCAACAUUUUGGUAUUUAGCCACCAUCUUGUGAAGUUGGCAGACUUCGGGCUCAGCUUUCGUUGUCGUGACGUCAAGUCCGGAAAGGAAAUCUUGUGCACAGACUACUUGGGUCACGAUUCGUACAUUGCACCGGAAGUGAUAAAACGGCAACCAUUUUCCGCCAAACCAGCAGACGUUUGGAGUCUGGGUUGUCUUCUUUUCUUUAUGAUCGCGGGCAAACACCCUGCCAAAAAUACAAACAGUAAUGAGUUACGGGCCUGCAUCAACGAAUGGAUGCUUGCUAUUUCCACAAGCGACGAUUCGUCGAAAGUCAGCCUGUCUAAUUUAUGCCACACUGACCCUGAACUUCGACCUCUUAUCUCAGAAGUUAUACUUAUGCAACCACCUCGCUCAGAGAAGUCAUUUCGACCUCGUGGUAGCAGUAUUAGCAAGACUGAAUAAAUGUUGUAUGGCGUACAUUUUCUCAUUUCACGUAUCAGAAUUGAAAAUGUAACUCUUCUACCAAAGAAUCACGAAAGGGAAGCUCAUUGUUUUUUACUGGGUUUUUUUUUUUUUU